GUGACCAACCGACCGACGAACGACGAGUAGUUAAUGUUUGAUACAAGUAUAGUACGCUUGUGUGAGUUCAACAUUUAACAUACCUAAUUAUUUGUUAUCUUAUCAGAUUGCCGAUCAUUUUUGUUUUAUAAGGUCAUAUACAAUGUUUUGCGUUAUAACAACGAUAGUUUUGUUGUUGUAUGUUUUCUGGGACGUAAACUACUUUUUACGAGUGGCUUUCACUAUUGGUGUUGGCAGAUUAUUUAAUAAGAAGAGCGGGUUAAAAGAUCCAACUACUAUUUAUGGAUUUUGCACAACACAAGACGUGGAUAUUUUCUUGAGACACAUGAACAAUGCGCGUUACGUAAGAGAACUGGAUUUUGCAAGGUUUCAUUUCUAUGACAGGACUGGUAUAUACGACAAUAUCAAAGCAGUAGAUGGACAUGUCCUGCAAGGAGCGUCCAGCAUUCGCUACAGAAGAACUAUACCAAUCUUUAGUGCUUACAAAGUUGAAACUAAGCUUGUGUAUUGGGAAGACAAGACAAUUUACUUAGAACAGAAAUUCAUAACAAUUAGUGACGGUUUCGUUCGGGCUGUGGUUUUGUCACGUCAAAGCCUGGUCAACAUUGACUCCGAAACACUGUUGAAGAAUGUUUCCGGUGCGGAAACAAAACCCGAAUGUCCAGAAGAAAUUAAACAUUGGCUGCAAGCGAUUGAAGUAUCUAGUGCUAAGUUGAGGAAGAAAGAUUAAUUAUAUAUUUGUGUUACAUAUUCAUUAAUAAAAGGCAAUAUAUUGGAUAAAAAUA